GGGGAGAAGCCCUAUCAAUGCUUAGAAUGCGGGAAGAGCUUUGCUCACAGAAUCAGCCUUAAGGUGCAUCAAGGAAUUCACACUGGGGAGAAGCCCUAUAAAUGCUUAGAAUGCGGGAAGAGCUUUGCUCAGAGCACACACCUUAAGCUGCAUCAAGGAAUUCACACUGGGGAGAAGCCCAAUAAAUGCUUAGAAUGCGGGAAGAGCUUUGUUCGGAGCUCAGACCUUAAGCAGCAUCAAACAAUUCACACUGGGGAGAAGCCCCAUAAAUGCUUAGAAUGCGGGAAGAGCUUUGUUCGGAGCUCAGACCUUAAGCAGCAUCAAAGAAUUCACACUGGGGAGAAGCCCUAUCAAUGCUUAGAAUGCGGGAAGAGCUUUGCUCACAGAAUCAGCCUUAAGGUGCAUCAAAGAAUUCACACUGGGGAGAAGCCCUAUACAUGCUUUGAGUGCGGAAAGAGCUUUUCUGAAAGCAGCAAACUUAAGCUGCAUCAAAGAAUUCACACUGGGGAGAAGCCCUAUACAUGCUUUGAGUGCGGAAAGAGCUUUUCUGAAAGCUGCAAACUUAAGCUGCAUCGAAGAAUUCACACUGGGGAGAAGCCCUAUCAAUGCUUAGAAUGCGGGAAGAGCUUUGUUCACAGAAGCAGCCUUAAGAGUACGCAACAACUGGAACUGAUCCCACAAAACCGGGCAGACGGGGAAAUCGAACACCUCAGCUGGAGCUGUGCUAACAACAGCGUCAAGCCCGCUGCAGAGAGAAGCGAUUUUGUCCUCGAAGUGCGAUGCAAAAAGGUCGCAGUGGGUCCUUGA